CGUUGCUGCUCGUAGUCAUGUGGAAAACCAUGGCUGCACACAGAAGCAGGAUGCUUCUCUCUCUAGGUCGAAUAAAUGUUUCUGUUGUUGGACUCCAGACUUCAGUCAGCAGAGCCACGUACACCACGGGUUUAUCUGUAACUUCUAAUCAUGGAAAUAAAGGUUUUCCUGACAGAGGCGGUAGAGGAGGCUUCAAAAGAGCCAGGAGACUUCCAGGGGAUCCCAGGACAGAGAAGAUGACGGUGGAUCAGGACUGGACUUCAGUUUAUCCAGCAGCGGCCCCCUUCAGACCGAGCUCCGUGCCCCUGCCUGUGAGGAUGGGCUACCCCGUGAAGGGAGGCGUUCCUCCAGAGAAGAAGGGCAACUUGGAGCUGAUCAAGAUACCAAACUUUCUGCAUUUGACACCGGCAGCCAUCAAGAAACAUUGUGAAGCUCUGAAACCGUUCUGUACCGAGUGGCCGUCUGCGCUGGACACCGACGCCAAAUGUGACGAGCGCUUCCCCGUCAAAGUAGAGAGCACCGACUACGUGUCUGCCGGCCCAUCUGUCAGAAACCCUUCGGCUCGUGUUGUUCAGCUCAGAGUAAAGCUGUCCAGUUUGAAUCUGGACGAACACGCACGCAAGAAAAUGCUCAAACUUGUUGGGGAGAGAUACUGCAAAGCUACCGAUAUCCUCACCAUCACAGCUGACAGCUGCCCAUUGAGACAGCAGAAUCACGACUAUGCCAUGUACCUGCUGACCGUCCUUUACCACGAGUCUUGGAAAACGGAGGCUUGGGAGGCGGAGAAGACCGUGGCGGACAUGGAAGAGUACAGCUGGGAGGACAGCCCGUCCCAAAAGAACAUCCUGGAUAUGCUGGUACGCAUGAAAGUGGUCAGGGACGGAGAAGGAGAAGGCGAGGACGUGCGUGAGCAGCUGCUGGGAAGAAACGAGGUGCAGGAGUACAAGGACUCUGUGACGAGGUUGAAGAAUGAAGGGGAGAGCGAGAGCACCAUGCUGCAGUACAAAGAGGCUGUCAAGAAAGUACUUAACCUGUAGGACAAGAUGUAUUUACAUGAAGACGGUUACCAAGAGCAACAGCUGGAGGAGUGGCGGCGCCACCCGUGGAAGGAUGCUUUCAGGCAGCAGGUGGUUGAAAAGUUCCUCACCCCUAUCUUAAGGGAGUUUUGGUCUGCGGUCCGUGCACUUUCUAGGUCAGAAGAAACCCAAUGCACCGAGGAGAUGUGCUGGACUGACGGAGGGUUAAACACUGAAGGCCACGAGGAAAAAAAGUCGUCCAUCGUUGCACAAUGUUGAUCUGAACAACCGUUGAAUUGUGGAAGCGUCCAUUAAGUCCCACUUAAGACCAGCGUAGUCCAAAGUCAUCAGUUUAAAGUCAUUGACGUACAUCAAAAUGUAGGUCAGCCAAACGGAUAUCAGAUCGUCUUUCUUGAGGCAAAGUGCUGCGGUCGAAUGCAUCGACUGGUUCUUCUGACGAAAGUCGUUGCGUCACAAGUGAAACCAAAAUCACGGCAAAUAUUGGUAAUCUCAUCCAAACAAUGCCUCUGACUGUUCAGCAGGGACACUACAGGUGAAUAAGGUAAAACAUUUAACUAAUACAGUAGGUAUCACUAUGAAACUUCCCCAGUUGGUCACUUACAUUAAGACAAUUAGUUUUUGUAUUACAAGCUUUCUGACAUUGUAUGUUGAAAUAUGCAAAUGAGGCAUUAUCUUAUUAAAUAUGUACUAAUAUGCAUACAUUUCUAGAACAGAAAUCUGAACAUUGGAUUAAAGUGUGGUUCAAAAUUCUUGUUUCAUUUUGUUGACAUAUUAGA